AUGGCGCUGAUCGCCUCCUGGCACCGCGAGCGCGAUGUCAUCAGCGAGUGCUUCGUCAUUGGCACGCCGAAUGUGGGUCCUGGCACCUACGAUCCACGCUUGCCGCCGGCGAAGACAUGCACUCUAGGCAUCGGUGACAGGCCCAACCCUAGCAGAGACGCGUCAGACCUGCCAGGGCCCGGCCAGUACGCUGUGCGGCGGCUUGCGACGGAUCCGGUCCCUGACCGACCAUCGCAGUCACUGACCGCCAGCUGCAGCUCCUUCAACUCCACCACUUCGCGCUGUGACCCGGAGAAUUUCCGAGAGCCGACCUUUGUUCCUGGCUCCAGCUGGUUUGUGGCCUCCAGUGUCCUGGACAACCCGGGCCCUGGACAGUCCAACCCACGGGAUGCCGUGGACCGGAGACCGAAGACAGGUGGCGUCUACGAGCGCAGCCGCCCAGGAAAAGUGGACUGGGGUGCGGAGCGGGCCGUGCAGGCCAUGAAGGAGGGGACGCGGCUACACACACAGACGGAGCCAGCGAUCAAGCCUCUUCGUGAUCGCUCGGACUGGAAUUUCACUGGCGAGCCUGGGGACACGCCGGACCCAUACAGUCCAGCCGAAGUGGCUCCUCCGCUUGAAGUUGGUGCCUCCGCACAUAUCGAGCAUCGAAGGCGAAUCUCUCUUGAUGGUUGCGGCUCAAGCAUGUGCAACAGCGACGGACCUGCUGGUCGAAGAGAUUCCCUGCCUUCUUCUGUGCGGACUUGGUUUUAUAGGGCUUUAGCGCUUCAUGUGCAUGUUAGGGGUUGUAAUUGUUAUCAGCAUCAAAAAGUCGUCUUGGACUCAGUCGGUCUCGUGCUAAGACCAGUGAUCGGUUGGGUGCAGGCCCAAAGAUCCCAAUACCUCUUAAUCAAGGAUUAUACCUUAAAUCAUAGGGGGCUUAAUAUUGUGAUUUAA